AUGACUCAAUGGACCUUUACCCGAUCCGAUAACGGCGGAAUUCCGAAUGUGGCGGCAUGGACUGUUUCCAACGCACAGGGACUGUCUUAUCAGAUCCAGCUUGCGUGGCCGCUGAGCUGGAAUACUUUACAGGUCUUGGCCAACGUCAAUCUUCUUUACCUUGUCGAUGGGAACGCCGUCUUCGGAACUGCAUUGGAUGCUGUUCGUCGCCGUCGGCCUGUUUCACCCAAUGAGCCGGAGACUGUCGUUGUCGCGAUUGGCUACCCGUUGACCGACAGGGUUUAUGAUCCUCGCCGUACGGUGGACUUGACUCCACCGUGCGAGAGUUAUGUUCCCCCAAACGGACCCGAUGGCCAGCCCCGUUGUGAACCACAUGGCGGGGCGGAUCAAUUCUUGUCCUUCAUUAAGAGGACCAUUGAGCCGUUUGUCUUGUCUUCUGUGUUCCCUUUCGUCACACUCGUUAGAACUGCCAUGUUUGGCCAUUCAUACGGGGGCUUGUUCGCAUUGCAUGUCCUGUUCACGCGACCAGAGAGUUUUGACACUUUUCUAGUGGCGAGUCCGUCGAUCUGGUGGAAAGAUCGAUUCAUAUUGACGGAAGAGGGUCAACUUUAUGCUACUGUGGCACUUGGACGCCUGCCUAGGGUGCGUCUCUCUUAUGGAUCUCAGGAACAGUUCCCGACUCGUCUCAGAGGAGAGUCGCAGGAUAUGUACGAGAGGCGGAAAAGGGGCGCUGCCCAGCGUCGUAUGACGGACAACUGCGAAGAACUGUACGAACGAUUGAACUCCAGUGGUCGAGUGGUAUGUGAGAAGAGGACGUAUAUUGACGAAGAUCAUGGAAGCGUCAUUGCACCUGCGUUGAGUGGUGCAAUUUUGUUCUUUUUGGAUUCAGUUGAAGAAUCUCCUUAG